AUGCUGAAUCCUCAACAACAAUUUGAUAAUUAUAGUAUCACAAAAAAUGAAUCAAAUGACCACCAUUUAGAUCAUACUGAAAAAUCAAGUUUCGCUAAAACUCAAACUACUUCAUCAAAUGAUGAUUCUAUCACUAAACAAGUAAAUGGAGAAAAUGUUGACAAUUAUAAUUAUAGAAAGUCUUUAAAUACAACUACAAAAUCAAUCGGUAUAAGAAGAGUUGAAUUAUUAAAUUCUCAAUAUAAUAAACCAUUUUUAAAAAUUGUAUUUUUCACAACUAUAUUUUUUUGUGCUUAUUCUUAUGGUUUAGAAAGUACAAUUAGAGGAAAUUUACAAUAUUAUGCAACUUCAUCUUUUCAACAACAUUCUUUAUUUACAACAGUUGGUGUUAUGCAAUCAGUUAUUAGUUGUGUUGCUCAACCUUUUUAUGCUAGAUUAUCAGAUAAAUAUGGUAGACUUGAAUUAUUUUUAUUUGCAUUAGUAUUUUAUUCAAUUGGUUUAAUUAUUCAAUCACAAGCUUAUGAUAUUAAUAGAUUUGCUGGUGGUGCAGUUGUUUAUCAAAUUGGAUUUACUGGUGUAAUGGUAUUAUUUCAAAUCAUUUUAUCAGAUGCAUCAACAUUAAACUAUAGAUUAUGUGCUGUAUUUAUCCCAGCAUUACCAUUUAUAAUAAAUACUUGGGUUAGUGGUGAUGUUCAAGCUUCAGUAAAUGCCAAAUAUUCAUGGAAUUGGGGGAUUGGUAUGUGGGCAUUUAUUUUCCCAUUAUCUUGUUUGCCAUUCAUUGCCUGUUUUAUUCAUAUGAUAUAUAAAGCACGUAAAACUGAAGAAUGGAAACAAUUGAAUCUAGAAGUUAAAAAAUUAAAUCCUCAUUCAAAAUUAAGUUGGACUUUUUGGAAAAAUUUUUUUGUUGAUAUGUUUUGGGAUUUAGAUGUAAUUGGUUUAUUAUGUAUUGUAAUUGUAUUAGGAUUCAUUUUAGUUCCUUUCACAAUAGCAGGUGGAGUUACUUCUACUUGGGCAAGAGCUUCAACUAUUGUUCCAUUAGUUAUUGGUGUUGUUUUUAUACCAAUUUUUGUACUUUGGGAAGCUAAAUUUGCAAAAUCUCCAAUUUUACCAUUUGUAUUAAUUAAAGAUAGAGGUGUUUGGGCAGCAUUAUUAAUUGCAAUUUUCAUUAAUUGGAUUUGGUAUAUGCCAAAUGAUUUUAUGUAUACUGUUUUAAUUGUUGGUAUGAAUGCAAGUGUUAAAGCUGCUACAAGAAUCACAUCAUUAUAUUCAUUUGUUUCUGUUAUUGUUGGUCCAUUAUUAGGUUUAGUUGUUUCAAGAGUUAGAAGAUUGAAAGGUUUUAUUAUUUUUGGAUGUAUUUGUUGGGCUGUUUCAUUAGGUAUUUUAUUUCAUUUUAGAGGUUCAAAUGAUGGAAUUGAAAGUCAAAAAUAUUUAAAUGGUGUUAUUGGUGGAUUAUGUUUAAUGGGUUUUGGUGCUGGAUUUUUUACAUAUACAACUCAAGUCAGUAUUACAACUGUAACAAAUCAUGAAUAUAUGAGUAUUGUUAUAUCAAUUUAUUUAGCAAGUUAUUGGAUUGGAUCAUGUUUAGGUACUUCAAUUAGUGGUGCUAUUUGGACGAAUAAGAUGCAUGGAGUCAUUUUAGAUAAAAUGCAAGAAAUGAAUAUUAGUAAUUCUACAGGUUUAGCAGCUGAAGCUUAUAAUUCACCUUUUACAUUUAUUUUAGAAAAUACCUGGGGAACUCCUGCAAGACAAGCAGUUGUUUUAUCUUAUGCAGAAGUUCAAAGAUAUCUUUGUAUUGCUGGUUUAGUACUUUGUUUCCCAUUAAUUGUAUUUUCAUUACUUUUAAGAGAUCAUAGAUUAGAUUCAGUUCAAUCUUUAGAACAAGAUCAUGAUCAUGAAAAACAAGGUAUUGUAAGAGAUGGAGUAGUUGUUGUUAAUAAUUAUGAUGAUGAUCCAAUUUUCAAAUUCUUUAAAAAUUCAUAUAAAAAAGUGUUCGGACGAUCUGAAUCAUCAAAAACUCAAUAA